AUGGAAAGCAUCAACAGCACAUUGUUGACUGAGUUCAUCUUGACAGGAAUUCCCUACCCACUCAGGCUAAGGACAUUUCUUUUUGUGUUCUUUUUGCUGACCUACAUUCUGACUCAGCUGGGGAACCUGCUUAUUCUAAUCACCGUCUGGGUAGAUGUGCAACUCCAUUCCCAUCCCAUGUACAUCUUUCUUGGUGUUCUUUCCAUCAUCGACAUGGCCAUCUCCACCACCAUUGUUCCUCGCCUCAUGAUGAAUUUCACUUUAGGCAUUAAGCCCAUCUCAUUUGGUGGCUGUGUCACUCAGCUCUAUUUUUAUCACUUCCUGGGCAGCACCCAGUGCUUCCUCUAUACCCUGAUGGCCUAUGACAGGUACCUGGCAAUAUGUCGGCCCCUGCACUACCCUGUACUCAUGAAUGCUAAACUGACUACCUUACUUGUGGCUGGAGCUUGGGUGGCAGGAUCCAUCCAUGGGCUUCUCCAGGCCAUCCUAACCUUCCGUCUGCCUUACUGUGGACCCAACCAGGUGGAGUAUUUUUUUUGUGACAUCCCUGCAGUUUUGAAGUUGGCCUGUGCUGAUACAACAGUCAAUGAGCUGGUGACCUUUGUGGACAUUGGGGUGGUGGUUGCCAGUUGCUUCACCCUGAUUCUCCUCUCCUACAUACAGAUCAUUCAGGCUAUCCUGAGAAUACGUACAGCUGAUGGUCAGCGCCGGGCUUUUUCAACCUGUGGAGCCCAUGUAACUGUGGUAACUGUGUACUAUGUGCCUUGUGCCUUCAUCUACCUGAGACCUGAAACAAACAGCCCCCUAGAUGGGGCAGGGGCUCUGUUCCCCACAACCAUCACUCCUUUUCUCAACCCCCUCAUCUACACUCUGCGGAACCAAGAGGUGAAGCUGGCCCUGAAGAGAAUGAUAGGAGGCCUAAGGACUAAGAGUCAGGUUUGA